GUUUCCCCCAAGAGGGACCAGUAAGCGGUUUACCUCUCAGAUGCUGUUUCAUUCACCACAACCCCUGAGGCUGUGACGGAUCUUCUGCUCUGAAGGGGAGAAACGGUUCACUGCCAUCAUGGCCCACAGCAGAAUUAACAGCUUUAAGGCAGCAGACCUCAUCAUCCAGCUCUCUUCCACUCCAAAAAUGAAACCAGAUGUUGUCGACUUUGGGACGGUCUUCACUGACCACAUGUUGACUGUAGAGUGGAACGCCAUUGAGGGCUGGCAGACUCCCCUCAUUAGACCCUUUGGGAACCUUUCACUGCACCCAGCCUGCUCAUCACUACAUUAUGGCAUUCAGCUGUUUGAAGGCUUGAUGGUGUACCGAGGCGAUGACAACCGCCUUCGUCUCUUCAGACCCCUGAUGAAUAUGAGCCGUAUGGCAAAGUCAGCGAACAGAGCUUGUCUUCCCGCCUUUGAUGAGUCCGAGUUGCUGGAGUGCAUCAGGAGGCUUGUAGAAAUCGACCAGGACUGGGUUCCAUGUUCCGAGUCCUCCAGUCUGUAUAUAAGGCCAACACUUAUCGGCACUGAGCCUUCCCUGGGAGUUAAGAAGCCGACCCGUGCCUUGCUUUAUGUCAUUUUGUGUCAAGCUGGCUCAUACUUUAACACUGAGGGGAAGGCCCUGUCUCUGUGGGCUGACCCAAAGUACACACGGGCCUGGAAAGGAGGAACUGGAGACUGCAAAAUGGGAGGGAAUUAUGGAGGGACUCUGUUUGCACAAUAUGAGGCAGGAAGUCAUGGCUGUGAGCAGGUGCUAUGGCUGUACGGGGAGGACCACCAGAUAACUGAAGCAGGAACCAUGAACAUCUUUCUGCACUGGAUCAAUGAGGAUGGAGAGGAGGAACUUGCAACUCCACCUCUAGAUGGCAUCAUCCUUCCAGGCGUCACUCGGCAGAGCAUCCUUGAACUGACAAAAAAAUGGGAUGAGUUCAAGGUGUUAGAGAGAUACCUGACAAUGAAGCAGCUGUGCUCGGCUCUGAAGCAGCAGCGUCUCAAAGAAAUGUUUGGCUCAGGCACUGCCUGCAGGAUCUGCCCCGUAGGAAACAUUAUGUACCAAGGAAAGAUUUUGCAGCUCCCCUGUCUGGAGAAGUCUUCACUGUCUUCCAGGAUUGCAGCAGAACUUGCAGAUAUACAGGGUCUUGGUGGGGCCGGAGCUCUCUGGCAGUCUCUGGGAGAAAGGCGGUAG